AUGAUUUCGUGUAAAAAUUUAUGUGUUUUGCGUCAACUGCCGCUCAAAAGCUGUCGCCGGCAUUACAGUGCCGCGCUGCUGUCGGUGUGGCCAACGAAAUGGACACCGAAACCGAAACCUGCCGCCGUCUGCGCUUGGCAACAGAGGACGGCGAAGCAGCAGCAGCAGCAGCGACGCAGUCUCUUUAGCUCGAGUCGCCUGCAGGCGAAGGACUACUAUGCGACGCUGGGCGUGGCUAAGAAUGCCAAUGCCAAGGACAUUAAGAAGGCGUACUAUGAGCUGGCAAAGAAAUAUCACCCGGACACGAACAAGGAUGAUCCGGAUGCGAGCAAAAAGUUCCAGGACGUGAGCGAGGCCUAUGAGGUGCUCAGCGAUGAUCAGAAACGGCGAGAAUACGAUACUUAUGGCCAGACGACGGAGAAUAUGAAUCGUCAGGGUGCGGGAGGAGCCGGCGGCUUCGGUGGCGGCGGCGGUCCCUUUGGCCCCGAAGGCUUCUCACAGAAUUGGCAAUUCCGCUCCACCAUCGAUCCAGAGGAGCUGUUCCGCAAGAUCUUUGGCGAGGGCAAUUUUCGUACCAAUAGCUUUGACGACUUUGCCGAUUCCAAAUUCGGCUUCGGUCAGGCCCAAGAGUUGGUCAUGGACCUAACCUUCGCCCAGGCGGCGCGUGGCGUCAACAAGGACGUCAAUGUGAAUGUCGUGGAUCAGUGUCCCAAAUGCGCCGGCUCCAAGUGCGAGCCGGGCACCAAGCCCGGCCGUUGCCAGUACUGCAAUGGCACGGGCUUCGAGACCAUCUCGACCGGCCCCUUUGUCAUGCGCUCCACGUGCCGCUAUUGCCAGGGUACGCGUCAAUAUAUCAAAUAUCCGUGCGCCGAGUGCGAGGGCAAGGGCCGGACAGUGCAGCGGCGCAAGGUGACCGUCCCAGUGCCCGCUGGCAUCGAGAAUGGCCAAACCGUGCGCAUGCAGGUCGGCACCAAGGAACUCUUUGUCACCUUCCGUGUGGAGCGCAGCGAUUACUUCCGGCGCGACGGCGCCGAUGUUCACACCGAUGCACCCAUCUCGCUGGCCCAGGCGGUGCUGGGCGGCACAGUCCGUGUCCAGGGCGUCUACGAGGAUCAGUGGCUGAACAUUGAGCCGGGCACCUCGUCGCAUCGUAAGAUUGCGCUGCGCGGCAAGGGCCUGAAGCGUGUCAAUGCUCACGGACACGGCGAUCAUUACGUGCACAUCAAGAUCGAGAUACCAAAGAAGCUGAGCCAGGAGCAGCGCGCCCUGCUGGAGGCGUACGCCGAACUGGAGGAGGACACGCCCGGCCAGAUACACGGCAUGGCGCAGCGGAAAGAUGGCAGUAAGAAAGCAACCGCAGGUGCGAGUGAAACCAGAACUGAAGCCGGCACCAAACCAGCAGCAGCAGCAGGAACAGCGGACAGCGGUAGUCAAGGAACGAGCAGAGCAGCAACAGAAACAGAAUCAGCGAAAGAUCAACAAAGUGAAAAGUCGGAAACACGCAGAAAAGAAAAGCAAACCGGAGGCGGCGAAAGCGGAAGCGGAAGCGGAAGUGGUGGCGGAGGCUUCUUGAACAAAAUCAAAUCCAUGUUCAUCUAAGUUGAAUUGUGUCUUGUUAUCGAUAACUCUUUUGUAAUCGUCGUUGGUUAAACGAUAACGAUUGCUUACAAAAGCGUUUGUUUUUUUUUUGCCUUUAAGUUUGUUAAAUGUAAAUUUGGGGGCUAUAUAUUCCAGUGUGGAAACAGAUGAAAAAAAAAAUACACCAAAAUUCAGAGUAA